AUUUAUCAUCGCCUGGCUCUGUCACAUAUUCUAUCUCAAUCUGAGCGAUAUAAUUUUUGCGAUUAAAGUGCAUUCAGUGAUUUCUGGGGUGUUUGGAGGAGAGGAUCAGACACCAAUCUCCUCAGUACUUAUCUUACUCAGCUGGUCGCGUCUUUGGGUCAAUGUCACGCAGGAAAAAUUACCGGGAAAGUGACGAAAGCUCCAAUGCAGAGAGAGACCUUUUUGCUAUAUAUCGUGAGAAAUAUCUCGGUGUGUGACUUAAAUGUGUGACUAUCAGUUGUCUUUUCUGGAAGUGACUGGCAGCAUCUCUUCCCUCGGAUGUGGUUAGAGUUUGGAUGAAAAUUUUUAAAAGACGAUAUUUGUGUUGGAAGAAUAAAAGGAAAAACACUGAAUGAGUGAGACAACAAUUCCCAAAAAUUGUCUCCUUCACUUUGAACAAUCAAUUGGCAUAAAUUACCCACAGCGACAUUUUUCGUGACUUGCCGAGGAUGAUUGAUUUGUGAUUUAGUGAGCAAAUUUACUAGUGUGUCUCUUGUGAUAUUUUCAUCCAAAAAUCCAAACAUUUUUAUAUACCUUUGUUAUUUUCCCGCCACUUUUGCCUAUUUGUACACCUUUUACGACAGAAUCACCGAUUCGCGAGUGUUUUAGACAAAAUUUAUUCUUUUUGCUUAAUUCUUUUAUGACGAUUUGACACACUUUUUCCCAUUCGGCGUGACAAUGAGUUUCCGUGUAAAUUUGUUGGAGAAGAGCGACAGGAGGAGGAGAGUUGUGAGAACAGUGUCGGAAUUAUCACCACUCAAUCCGCCACCAUCGUACGAAUCCACAAGUCGUGAUCAGGGAAAUUUCUACGGUAGUACCUUUUCCUGGGGGGCUUUCCGGCGGAACAAGAAAUCCCAUUCAGCACAGACUCUCAAUCGGUGUGAGUCGAUGGGGGCAUUCGGAUAUAGAACCCUACUGCAGUAUGUGGAUUCUAAUGACUUGCAAGGACUCAAAACACUUCUGGACACUCGACAUCUGCCGGUGGAUGAUCGAGAUGAGAAUCAGACGACGAUACUCAUGGUGUGUUCAGCACGUGGGAUGGUGUCCUUUGUUAGGGAGUUGAUUGCCCGAGGUGCUGAUGUUCAGGCCGAGGACAUUGACAAUUGGACACCCCUGUUGUGUGCUGCCAAAGCAGGGCAUGUUGAAGUGGUUCAGCUACUGCUAGAGCACGAUGCAAACCAGGAGCAUCGGGAUAUGGGCGGCUGGUCAGCCUUAAUGUGGAGUUCCUAUAAGGGUCACACAGACGUGGUAGCGCUAUUGCUGCAAAGAGGUGCCGAUAUACAUGCCCAUGGAAAUUACCAUCUGGGUCCGUUGCUGUGGGCAGCAGGACGGGGUCACAAAGAGAUUGUGGAAAUGCUGGUUCAGCGUGGAGCAAAAGUGAAUGUUGGUGAUAAGUAUGGAACGACGGCAUUGGUAUGGGCUUGCCGGAAGGGAAAUGCCGAGAUUGUAGACAUUCUGCUGAAGGCGGGAGCAAAUGUAGAUACUGCUGGAAUGUACUCGUGGACACCGCUUUUGGUCUCUGUAGCGGGUGGGCAUCAGGAGUGUGUUACACUGUUGUUGGAGAAAAGACCCAAUGUCAAUGCACUGGACAAAGAUGGGCUCACAGCGUUGUCGAUAGCAUGUCGGGAGGGGCUUCAGGAUACAGCCUCGGCCUUGAUAGCAGCUGGAGCUUAUGUUAAUAUUCAAGAUCGUGCUGGAGACACGCCUUUGAUACAUGCCGUGAAGGGAGGUCAUCGAGGUGUGGUGGAAGCACUCCUUAAGCGGCACGUUGACAUAGACAUACAGGGAAAGGAACGCAAAACAGCACUGUAUACAGCAGUAGAGAAAGGUCAUGCGACAAUUGUUAAGCUCCUAUUAGCCUCGAAUCCGGAUGUGGAAUUAGCAACGAAAGAUGGAGAUACGUCACUGCUAAAAGCUGUGCGAAAUCGCCAUCUGGAUAUUGUGCACAUGCUGCUGGAGAAGAAGGCCAAAGUUAGUGCUGUAGACAGGAGAGGUGAUACAUGUCUUCAUAUUGCUAUGAGAGCUCGAUCGAAAGCCAUUGUAGAGGCUCUGUUGCGUAAUCCCAAGAACAGCAAACUUCUCUACAGAGCGAAUAAAGCCGGAGAGACUCCCUACGGACUGGAUACUGUGCACCAGAAGACGAUUUUGGGGCAGGUGUUUGGUGCUAGGCCAUUGAAUACCAAUGAGGAUUCAGAAGGGAUGCUGGGCUAUGAGUUGUAUUCAUCAGCACUGGCAGAUGUUCUAAGUGAACCUACUCUUACAACACCCAUUACAGUGGGCCUGUAUGCAAAAUGGGGGAGUGGGAAGAGUUUCCUGUUAGCUAAAUUGAGAGACGAGAUGAAGAGUUUUGCGAGGCAGUGGGCUGAGCCCCCGAUCAAAGCCCCUUGGCUGCUUUUCACUGUCUGCCUACACAUCUGCCUGCUAAUCGGUAUUGUUGUAGGUCUGAGUAGUUGGUCUUAUAUUUGGGGUCUGUCAGCGGCUGGUGGAGCUCUUGUUUUGAUCUAUACUGCCAUCCUGGCGAUCAGGUUUGCCAGUCGAAGGUAUGACGUCUCCUGGGCUUACUCAUUCCAUCAUGGGCUUAUGAAGCGCAUUGGACGUUUGAAUUUGAUAAUGAAGGUGGCAUUUUGUCAUCCACCGGGAGCCCAUGGAGAUCCGCAUGCCAUGCCAGUACGAUUUCACUUUGCUGAGGCUAGCAGUGCUGCGCCUAGUGGUGAAGGAGCUGUUGGUCAUAUGCUCGCUUCCCUCUUUGAAGCCAUUGAGUCUCACUACGGAUCCCUACCGACUCGACUUUUCCGCGCCUUCCGACCCAAACACUCCUCUUCGAGUCACUGGAGAUGGCGGAGAAUGUGUUGCAUGCCCCUGAUCUUGCUUUUUGAACUUGCUCUGGCAGUCAGUGCGGCUGGACUGACCUUGCUCAUUCUCUAUCUUAGCAAUCUCGAUGCUGAGCAUAAUGACGCCAUCGUCAUUGCUCUAUAUGCACUGGGAUCGGUUCUGCUGGUAGGGUUUGUAGGGAAUCUUCAUUCUUGGGCUAAAGCUCUGAGAGCACUGUUCUUCUCCCAGGGAAGACAGCUCAAGAAAGCCAUGACAUCGGCUGAUCAUUCAUCUCUGACAGCCCUAGGUGCUGAAGUCUCCCUCAUGGCUGAUAUGAUCAGGUGUUUGGAUGCAUUUACCGGUCAACAGAGUCGUCUUGUUGGAGUAGUUGAUGCUCUAGACUCGUGCGAUACUGAGAGAACUCUGACAAUGCUUAAUGCAAUUCAGACGCUUCUUUCAUCACCAAAUCGUCCUUUUGUAUUACUUCUGGCUGUGGAUCCUCAUGUGAUCGCCAAAGCAGCAGAAGCUAAUAGUAGACGCUUGUUUACGGAGGGAGGAAUUGGUGGUCAUGAUUUCUUGCGCAAUCUCGUGCAUUUGCCGGUGUAUCUGCAGAAUUCGGGGUUGAGGAAAGUGCAGAGGGCUCAGAAUACUGCCUUGGCGUACCGAAGGAACAUCUCCGAUGCUGUUGAUGAUCCAAUUUUGAGUCAUUCGGCAUCGGCGAGGCGUCUGUCAAAUGCUUCGGAGAUUAUGUCGAGUCAGGAAAAGCUACGAGCUCCGCCGGGAACUUCGCGUGGUGGAUCGAAGAAGUUGAGGUUAUCGGAUUCAGUAGCCAGUUCUAUUGGUUCAAAUCUCCACCGAGUUGGACAGAAUCCACAGGGAACACUGGAUAUGUCUAAGAUUCUCCUGACUGAUGAUUACUUCAGCGAUGUGAAUCCGAGAAGCAUGAGACGCUUGAUGAAUGUGAUCUACAUUACAGUUCGUCUGCUCAAAGCAUUCCAAAUUGACUUUAGUUGGUAUCGUCUCAGUUCGUGGAUCAACUUGACGGAACAGUGGCCAGUGAGAGCGAGUAUGAUUGUGCUGCAGCAUGAUCAAAAUGGUGAAUCUUUGGAUGAUUCGACAUCUCUGCAAUCUGUCUAUGACAAGGUUAGACCCAAAAUUAGCUGUCUGCGAGAAGCUGCAGCUCUUUUGGAACUUGAUCGGGAUGAGAGGAAACUCGAUGCAUUUCUCCAGCUUCACAAGUCUGACCUACUUGUGGCUGAUUUGAGAAUAUUCCUUCCUUUUACCAUCAAUCUCGAUCCCUAUCUUAGAAAGGUCCUCAAAGAGGAUCAACAAGCAAUGGAGGACGAGGGAAUAAUCAUUCCAAUAAAACCAAAUGCACCAUUAAAUCCUCGUUCCAGUCUUCCACGCUUUCCGCAGCCUUAUCCGCCUUAUCAGAAUAUCUUUGCAGCUGCCACAAAUCCGGCAAUUCCUUUGUUAACUUACCAGUCCUACCAUGCAAAGCCACCGCCUGUGCCCACAGUUGAAAGUCUCAAAAAGAAAGUUCAACCACAAUCCAGUGACACAUCACAGACUGCUCUUGCUGACAUUUUGACAAGUGUUCCUGCAAAUUUGCAUCAAAUCCGACUAUCCAAGUUAAAUGUGAACGGCCUCAGUGAUUUACUGCAGCAAAUUGAUGAGCUGCGACCUGCCUUAGAUAAUCUUCUUCCAGCAUUGAAGCAACACUCCAUUUCUGGUCGUGUCUUAAUGCACUGUGAUCUUCAAGAGUUGAAAAUUUUACUUAAUUUAAGCUUUGGUCAUUGGGAAAUAUUCAGAUUACUCAUUAUAACACUGAGAAAUCUGGAGAAACACCAGCCAACAUCGACGGUGCGCGUGCAAGAUGAUGAUAACAUUGAUAGUCAAAAUAUUCAACCACCAACGUCAUCGGCGUCCAACUAUUCGCGCCAAAAACCACAAAGUAUCAUGGAGAAACAGGUGACACUGGAGGAGCAGAUGAUCUGCGGAGCCCUUCAGACACUCAACGAGGAGGCAUUUGAGGAUGUUGUGGGGAGUAGCGAACGAGGUGGUACGGGAAGUCAGACAGCAGAUGGAAGGGCAUCACCAACGCCCAGUUGGUCAGCAUCGCCAUCCAUUGUGCGGCGAGAGCCUAUCCUAAAGCCACGAGGAAGUGUUAAGUCGGAGAAAAAAGUGUCCAUCAAAAAUGAGAUUCCCAUUAACAUUGAGUACAUAGCGGAAAAGAGGCAAGGAUCUUCGGGAUCCUUCGGAAAGAUCCCAUCUCCCGGUCCAAUUGCAGGAAGGCCUGUGGCUCUGGUUUAUUCAACUCGAACUGACAAAGCUGAUCGAGCUGAAAGAGCCUUCAAGAUGGCACGUUCAUAUUCCUUUGACAAUGACUCAAUGGACAAGGGAAUUGAGCUGAAAGAUGUUUCUGCCUCUGUGGAAGGUACUUCGGCAGAUGAAGAAGUUCAACCUCUGGUCAGUUCCAAUGUCACAUCACCCAAAUGAAGAUCAAGAGAAAUUUACUUCUUUCUGGCAAAAUCCCACGAAAAGCUUUCGCACUUUCGAAAAUGGGUCUUUCCCACCUUUCUUUUUUGGUUAUGUUUUCUUUAUUAAAGUGUUUGACUAGUCAUCGCAAAAAUUGAUGCCUUUCGCAAACAUUGCGGAAAAUCCAAAAUGAUACUGUAGCAUAGAUCCAAAAAAAAAAGAGUUAAACUUCGCCAAGGGGUAAUUAACACGCAACAUUUAGUAUAGUUUCGAAGAAUUUUGUAAAGAAAUUAACACUGCUCACUAAGUGUAUUAAUCGAAUAUUGUUUAGCUAUUUUUCGAAAGUAUUUAGUUAAGUCUUAGAAAUUGAUUUAUAAUUAAUAGAAGUAAGUGGUCAUAGAAUAAACAACUUUUUAGUUACUAAAAAGAUCGGCAAUGAAGUUUUGCAAUUUGAGAAUCUAAUGCGGAACGAACAAUUGCGAGUAGAGACACUAACGGUGGUCUUGCAAACUACGAAUGAUAAAAAGAGUUACUGGGAAUUAAAUAGUAAUUAUUAUUAGUACAAAAUUAUGAAAAUCGUAUCGAAUAAAGUUACCCAGUGUACUAAAUAUGGUUAUCAAAAUACAUUUAAUUAAGUUUUUAAAUAUUUUUCCUAAUUUAGAUAAAUAUUUUAGAAAAUUUUUUAAAAAUAAUUAGAUUAUCGUGAAAUAUGAAGAAUUUCCACAGCGAUUAGUUAGAUUGUCGAUCUAAUAUUAAGUUUAUUCAUUUUUAAUGCAAUAUUAUGUUUAUUUUUAAGCAUUAUCGAAUGAGAAUUGAAUACCUUCAAAAUUAUGAUCUUCAAUAAUAUCCUAAUUUUUUUUAUAGUAUGUUUAAUUACCUGGUAACAUAGGUUAAGCUGUUAUUGAAUUUGACCCGUUUUCAUAAAUUUGGUAAGUAGGUUAAUUGAUGAUAGGGUACUCAUUAAGUACUUAUUAAGUACUUAAAGGGUUGGCCGGUUAGUGUCUUUGAUGUAAAUUUUUCCAGCAGAAACUCUAGUUUAAUUUACAUUGAAAGGUUUAUUUGAAAUAUGGCAAAAUUAGUUACCAAUUUGAUGACAUUUUGUUUGUCAUAAAUUUCAGUAUUAGCAGACCCCAAACUGGAAGAUUAUGAUGCUAUAUAAAUGAAAAAUGAACGUGUUUCUUUAGCACUUUACUGUUCUCAAAUGCUUCUGUAUCACCGACUUUUCUUUGAAUUAGUUCCUCUCUCGACUGUUUUUCCAAGUGUUUUUCGUGUCCGAAAACCACCAAUCAAUUGAGAUGGGAAUCAAUACAAACAAAAGUCGAUUAUAGAUAAGCCCUUGAGAACAGUGAACUGCUAAAAAAUGUUCAGGAGAACGAUUUCCCCUUUUUUGGCACAUACUUUUUUUUAGCACUUUUCUUUUCGCAAGUGCUUCUGCACUAUCGACUUUUGUUUGCGUUGGUUCCUAUCUCGACUGUUACGUGGUUUUAGAACACGGAAAGGAUUUGGAAAAACUGUCGUGACAGGAACCAACACAAAACAAAGUCGAUUAUUUAGAAGCACUGGAGAACAGUAAAGUGCUACAGGAAUUUGUUUACGUUUCAUUGGAAUAUUAUCAUUAACCUAUUUAGCGAAUGUCUUUAACUUCUAAAGAUAAAUACGUAACGAGAAUUUCGAGAACGCAAUCAAGAAAAUGAAAUAUUUCUAAAAUAUUUUAUGUUAAUAUUUCGUUUAAAUCAUUAUAAAGAAAUAAUAGAACUUAAAUUUUGUGAUUAAGCAUGAGUUCUUGAAAGGUAAUUAGAACUAAGACACAUUGAUAGCCAAUAGCACAUACAAAUAAUGAGCGAAGACACAUACCAGUAUUCCCAAGCAAUUGCAAGAUAUCGAAAUAAUUUUUUUACGAAUCGCUUUCGGCUUAUGUAAGUCUUACAUGAAACUUUGAAAAUUUGCACAGAUAUGGCAUUAAUUAGUUUAAUUAUGAAACUUUUGUGUAAUUGGGAUUUUUUUCUUCAAUGAAAACACGAUAAAUCGCAUUUUCUUAGCCAAGACACAUAAUAGAAGGUUUUCUAUGUUCUUGUUUUUGGAAUUUUUGUCUUUGUCGUGAAAGUUUUUUAAACUGUAUCAUGAAAAGUCUUGCAAAUUAUACCUGACAGAUACAAAGUUCAUUCCAUCAUAGCGUUGGUUGAUGAAUACGAUUUGUGGUGUGUAUCUUGGCUUAAAAUAAAUUUUUAGCGAAUAAUUUAUUUCGUCGUCGUUUUGGUUUCUGAUUUUCUGUGUUACUUCGUAGAUUUUUAAUUUAAAAUCUUAGAUACAAGAUGUUUUAACAAAACGUUUACUGACUAAAUUGAAUUUGUAGUCUCAAAAAUUAUUAUUAUUAAAUAAAUGAAAUUGCAUAUUUUAGUGUUAAAAUCUUAAUAACAUAAUAGUUUUUAUCAAACAAAUUUAUUAACAAAAAAAUUGAAGAAGAAUCAAAAAUGAGACAAAAAUAAAAAGAAAGAUCACCAUCGACUGUAAACCAUUAAACUUACUAAGCGGAGACACACACCAUAAAAGCAUUGUCUGAUUUUUUUACAUUUUGUCUGAGAUUCCUGAUUUCUUUCUAAUUCAUAAAAUGGUAUGUAAGCGUAAUUUAUGCUAAUGAAAGGCUAAUUUUUUUUUUUAUUUUCUGUUAGAAUACCUAAGUUAUUGUGACAUUGAUCACCUUUCUGGUAUGUGUCCCGGAUACUCAUUUUGUAGUUACCACUGUCAUUGUGUUUAAGGCCUAAAAAAGCAUUUGUGAGGUAGAACAAGUGUUCAAAUUAAGUUUAUUUAGAUUCUCUAAAGUUACUUAUCCCUUGGCAUAAUCUUGACUAAAGUGCGCGUAACUUCGGUACAAAGUAGAUUACUUAAUAUAACUUUAGGAACGUUCUAUAUAGACAACAAACAGCAAAGAAACUAUUUUAGCAAUACUCUCAAAAGCACCUAAUUUCUCAGUUGAGAAUUAUUUAAACGUGUAACUGCGGAUACUUAAUGACAGUGAUUAAAUAAAAUCAAUGAAAAAAUA